UAUUUCUAAUUAAUUGCCAUUUUAGGAACUACUUUUACCGAAAGGCUCAAAUCUCGUUUGACUACGAUAUUUCACGAAUAUUUACGUGAAAGACACGACGUCGAAAACAUGGCGAGCUUAGACGACACAGAAGAUGUUGCCUUGGAUUUUGGAUCAGAAGAUGAUUGGAGAAGGAAGCGAGCAAUACGGUAUCCCGCAGCGGCCUUUUUUCAUCUCUUCUUCAGAGUGGGGGCGCUAGUCUCCUAUCUCUUCUGCAACUUCUACAGUUCCAGCUUCAUCGUUGAUUUCGUUGUCAUCCUCUUUUUUGUCUCACUGGAUUUCUGGACGGUCAAGAACGUGACGGGUCGGUUGCUUGUUGGGCUGCGCUGGUGGAACCACAUUGACGAAGACGGAACAAGUCAUUGGGUGUACGAGUCCAGAAAGGGAUCCAAGAAGAACACAGAGACAGCCACAGAGUCCCGGUUAUUCUGGCUCGGUUUGGUCAUCUGCCCAAUUCUCUGGGUUAUCUUUGUCUUCGCUAAUCUAUUCUCCUUCAGAUUUGCAUGGAUGGUUGUAUCGCUAGUUGCCCUGGUGCUGAGUGUUGCCAAUCUCUUUGGUUACGUCCGAUGUAAAGUCAGUUCGAGGAAACAGCUGUCAACAAUGGCCACGCAGUUCCUGGGCCAACAGAUGAUGAGUAGGGCCAUGGCCAGUGCAACUGCAACAGGCACAGGUACAACACAGGGAUGAUGGAAGAGUCGGCAAGUAACUAAAGCUUAUAUGCUUGUAGUUGUACAUAUCUUGUCUAUUUAUAAUUUCUAUAUUAACAUGCCAUUUAGUAUGCGGAGGUUUUUUUGUUGUAGGGUCUUUGCUAUGGAGUACUGAAGUGUGACGUCAUUUUGAACCAGAAAGUGUAGUGCAAAUGAAUGGAGUCACGUGCGUGUUGGUUCGCAGGUUGAAUCAUGCGCUAAUGUCUUCCACACACAUUUUGUGCGCGUGACGUAUUCACUUCGGUACUCCAUAAAGCUAUCAAGGUCACAUCCUAAAAUGAAUGAUGAACUCAUUUGCCUGGGUGCAGCUUUAUUUACUGGUAUGUGGGUAAAGGAUUGCUUUAGAAUCAGUACUGUUGAGGCUCAGCCACUAUUACUGUACAUGGGUGGUUUAUGGCCUGGCUUUCUUCAUGUGCCAUAGAGUUAGUCCAAUGUUUGGAUUUUAGAGGAUUCAGGAAGAUUCAAGGUGAAAUGCCUUUGGGGCUGAAGGUGAUGGAAAAGUGUGGCUAAUUUAUUGGGGAAGAUAUUGUAUGCAGAACGUAAAUGUAAUUUCAAGUUAAAAGGGCUCUGGUGGGCUAUUAUUGUUUUCUUCAAAUACUGUAAAUAUUAAUAAAGUUAUUUUUCAAAGAGGGCCCUUUUUGAAUUUUUGCAAGGGGCACAGAAUUGUAAUGUUCCCCUCCAUAUGCAGCUCAAAUCAUGUGCAAAUAUUGAAACGGCUUAUAAGUUGAGAACUUUGAACUUCUGUGUCAUGUUGAAAGUUGGAACUGUUUUCGUCUAAUUGUAAUACAUGAACACUGAUGUCACCAAAAGAUUAAAAUGCUGCUUUUUGUUUUGUUUUCUUACAAUAUUAAAAACAUUUAGUUUUGGUGGAAAUUUGAGAAAAUGUAAAAAACAAAAUUGCUCUUUUUAUGAUUCACAUUUUUGAAGUAUGGGGGAUAUUAAAAUUAUACAUAUUGAACACUUGAAGGCGACUGAACAUUUUUGUGAACAAAUAUUUUUGUGACAAAUGGAAGAAGAAUUUAGGCCAAAGUUAAUGAUUGGUGAUUGAUGUCAUAUAUUUCUAUCUAGACAGAAAAAUGUUUGGAAAAUGUAUUCUGCUUAAAAUUUCGUCUUGGUUUUUUACUUCAAAUUUGCAUAUUUUUGUUUUUCUUUUACAUUCCAUAUCAAUUCUUGUAUGUAGCUCAAAUCUACUUUCUUUGUACAUUUUGCUUUUAUGUUGUAAAAACUCCCUUUAUGAAAUAUAUCCUAUUGAAGAAAGGUAA